AUGGCACUGCCCGGCAACCUCGAUCGAGCCAUCGGUGAGGUUGAACAGCGCCUGGCCAGCGGCUGCGAAUACCAGUUCGACAGCUAUUUUCAGCAGCUGUUGUCGCUUGCUGAACAGAAUCCGGACAGCGAAAACAAAAUACGCUUCAGUGACCACCUGGUCCGCGUCAAUGAAAUGGGCGUCAUCAGUCAGCGUCAGGCACGCGAGUACUACAACCGCUACUUCAACGUAAAGUUUGUCUCUCUCAGCGGCGACUACAAUACCUGCGCGCAGGCCUGUCCCGUGCAGGGGGAAGUGAUGUCGAACAUGCGCAACGAAUUGCGUGACAAGCAGGUAGGCCUGUUGAAAGCCAGCGACGAUAAAGCGGCUUACUAUCGUGCGGAUCACCUGCUCAAGGAGGCGGACCUGGCUCAACAAACGCGGCAGGCAGCCGAUAAAAUGGAUGGCGGUCUGCGGCAGUUCUGCUAUGGCACGGGGGUAGGCAUUAGUCUUACCGGGCUUGCCCUUUACGGCCAGGAUCGCCUUUCACCAUCGGGUAUCGAUUCGGUGGGUAACUGGCUGCAGAUCAAUCUCGGACAUUCCAUCUGGUUAUUCGCCGCGGUUGCCGUGCUCUUUAUUUUCACUCUGAUAAAACUCUCCGCGCAGCUUCGUAGCAAUCUGGACGAGCCCGACGAUACGUCACGCAUCUCUGCGUUGGAUCAGAUGUUAGAUGUCUGGACUCAGGUGUUUAUCGGCAUUGGCGUGGUCUGGACAGCUGUUGGUAUGCGUGCGGCGCUGCAAUACGCCCUGGGUGAGCCUGACACAGCAUUGGCGGACAGCGCUGACAACGUCCUUCGUAAACUUGUUGAUGGCGGCAUCCUGCUGGCGCUGACCACAACUAUCGUCGGCGCGGUGGGUGGUUAUCUGAUGCGGGUUUGCAAAACCAUCACCCUGGGGGCUUCGCUGCAACAGUACUACGACCAGCUGGAACGCCGCGACAUUGCCGAGUUGGUCGCCGCAACACAGCGCAUAGAACAGCAACUUCAGCCCAGCCCACCCGUCAACCAGAACAUCACGCGUAUGCCCGGGGCACAGCUGUGA